UUCAACAUGGCGGCCGGCGGAGGUUGGGUAACUGAAGCGAUUGGAACUCUGGAAAUUUAGGUAGAAAUAUAAAUUUCCUAAAAGAUCCGAGGAGUACGAUUAAAGGAGGAAUUCUUCGUAUCGGGGAUGGAUCUAAUAAAGACACCAAAGAUUGAAAAUGUCCGUUUAAUGACAAAGAAUGGAAAAAGGAAGGUUGCAGUGGGUAAUUUAUACCUUACAGCUACUCAUCUAAUAUUUGUUGAUCCAGAUUGCUCCAAAGAAACAUGGAUUCUACAUUCCCACAUUGCAUCAGUGGAGAAGCUUCCUCUCACAGCAGCAGGAUCACCUUUGAAGAUUCGCUGCAAGACAUUCUUGAUUGUGACAUUUGUAGUUUCAAGAGACAGAGAUGGCCAGGAAAUUUACACUUCAUUGUUACAACUAUCUAAACCAGAGAAACUUGAAGACUUGUAUGCCUUCUCUUACAAUCCACAAAGUGAGCAGCUGACACGGUCUGCUGGUUGGGCCUUAUUUGAUAUCAAGUCAGAAUAUGCACGUAUGGGACUGCCAAACAAUGAAUGGUGUUGUAGCCACAUAAAUAAAGACUACAAAGUCUGUGAUACGUAUCCAAGUGUUCUAUAUCUGCCCUCCGCUGCCUCCAACUCAGUUCUCAUUGGUAGCUCAAGGUUCCGCAGUCGAGGCAGACUUCCAGCUUUAUCUUACCUGUACAGGAAUACAAAGGUAGAGGCAGCAAUCUGCCGCUGUAGUCAACCUCUAUCAGGGUUUAACUCCAGAUGUCAAGAGGAUGAAAAUCUAAUUCAAGCCAUCUCAAAAGCAACACCUGAUGCUAAAUAUGUGUACAUUGUGGACACAAGACCAAAGAUCAAUGCCAUGGCAAAUAAAGCAGCUGGGAAAGGAUAUGAAAGCACUGAUUUUUAUGAGAAUGUCAAGUUUCAGUUUGUCGGAAUUGAAAAUAUCCAUGUUAUGAGACAAAGUCUGCAGAAAAUGAUUGAGUUGGUCUGUGAGACACCUGACUUAACAGCCAAAGCUUUAGCCAAUGGACUGGACAACUGUGGAUGGAUGAAACACAUCAAAGCUGUGUUGGAUACUUCAGUAUUUAUAGCAAAGGCUGUUGUAGAGGAGAAGGUCAGUGUUGUUGUUCACUGCAGUGAUGGAUGGGACAGGACUGCCCAGACUUGUUCUUUAGCAAGUAUCAUUUUGGAUCCCUACUACAGGACAAUGCAUGGAUUUCAGGUGUUAAUUGAGAAAGAAUGGCUUGCAUUUGGACACAAGUUCACAGAGAGAUGUGGCUUUCUUCAAUCAGAUAUUAAGGAGACAUCACCGGUGUUUCUCCAGUUCCUGGAAGGAGUGUGGCAAUUGCAGGAACAAUUUCCGUUUGCCUUCCAGUUUAACGAAAGAUUCCUUUUAACUAUUCACGAUCACCUGUAUUCUUGCCAGUUUGGGACAUUUCUUGGCAAUUGUGAGCGGGAGCGCAAAGAACACAGUUUACCCGAGAAGACGUAUUCAUUAUGGGGCUACAUGUGGCAAAAUAUCAGUGAUUAUGCCAAUCCAUUAUACAUGGGAGGCAAAAACGAGUUACUUUGGCCAUCUACUUCGCCUCAAGCUCUCAAGUUUUGGCGGUCGAUGUAUAAUCGACAUGAGAACGACGUUCACCCACGUGAGACAGUCAUGGAUGCACUCAGCAGUAUCAUAGAUCAUAACGAUUCACUACAAGAUCACAUAAAAUUUCUCUCGUCUCGGGUCGAAAUGAUGAAAACACUGGCCAAUCCUACGAGUGACUCUGAAAACAACACCGAAAUGAUGGAUUCACUUGAAAUGAAAUGUCUCAGUACUCAACGUGAAUCGCCUAGUGAUUCGUCACAGGAACUAGCGUCUCUUGAGAAUUCAGUGAAUAGUAUGGACCUCAAGACAACACUGAAGAACAAUUCAUUACUAAACAGUCACGUGAAUGACUCAUCUUCCUUACCCUUUUUGUCUGCGGGCGAGGCAAGCAGCGCAAGUCAGGAAAGUGGGAGUGGGGGCCUGGUGCCGGAUCAGCUGCAGAAAAGUUUAAAACGUCAGGGAUUAACAGUAAAUGAUCUUCUUCAGUCUGCUCCGCCGUUUGCUUUGGAGUGGAAAUCAGUUAGAGAUGUCUUCCAAUGUUCCACCUGCUCGUCUCCGAUUGAUUCUCUCAGUCGGAAGUAUCAUUGUUGGAAUUGUGGAGAAGUUUUUUGUAAGAGGUGCAUCGAUAAACAGUGUUCCCUUCCUGGACAUUAUUCAGAUAAUCGUGUUCCUGUUUGCAAGAAAUGUUAUAAAGUCCUCAAGAAAAUCAAAUAGAUAUUCCGCGCGCGAUUACGCGCGAGUGACAGAUUUUAGGACACGACGAGAAGGCUGUUCCAGGUUCUCAGUCGGUGAAGACGGGCACACGAAAAACUACAGGCAGCGGGCGCGCGAUUGUUGCAGUUGUCAAGGAAACGGCUGCCAGCAUGCAAUAAUGCGUACUUCUUCAUUGAAUGAAAGUAUGCAAAAGGCUGCUAGUUGAGUAGCUAGCAUGAAAGUAAUUUUAAUUUCGAGAAAUAGAGACAAGAAUUCUUUUUUACAUGGACGAAUGGUUAUAACAGAGAAUAUACCUUUACACAAGCAAUUCUACAAAAAUUAAUGGUUAUCAUUGCAAGUUCAUUGUACGAAAAUAUUGAUGUUAAAAUAAGAAAAUUCAUUAAAGAAAAUUUAAUACUGGA